CGGGAGAAUCAUAUAAGAGAGAAAUCGUAUAUCUUCCAAUCAGGUGGCUUCGUCUCUCUGAUUUCUUUCCCCAUCUAGAAGCUCUCUCUCUCGACUCUCGUGUGUUUCUCUCUUUCGUGAUGCGUCGCUCUGCAUCAAAGAAGAAAUCAGGUCAAUCAGCUGAAUCAGUAACCACGGAUCUCUUUCGCUCAGCUUCGAGCAAGGCCUCGACUAAAGAGAUGGAUCGAAUAGAUCACUUAUUUAAUCAGUAUGCCAAUAGAUCUUCCAAUCUUAUUGAUCCUGAAGGAAUAGAGGAACUAUGCUCCAAUUUGGAAGUCUCACAUACUGAUAUCAGAAUCUUGAUGCUUGCUUGGAAAAUGAAAGCUGAGAAACAAGGUUACUUUACACAUGAGGAGUGGAGAAGAGGCCUGAAGGCUUUAAGAGCUGAUACGAUCAGUAAGUUGAAGAAAGCUCUUCCUGAGCUUGAGAAAGAGGUCAGGAGGCCAUCGAAUUUUGCAGAUUUCUAUGCUUAUGCCUUCCGCUAUUGUUUAACAGAGGAAAAACAGAAGAGCAUAGACAUAGAGACUAUAUGUCAACUCCUAGAAAUCGUCAUGGGAUCUACAUUUCGAGCCCAAGUUGACUACUUUGUCGAGUAUUUAAAGAUCCAGAACGACUACAAAGUCAUAAACAUGGACCAAUGGAUGGGACUUUACCGGUUUUGUAACGAGAUUAGUUUCCCGGACAUGGGGAACUACAAUCCAGAGCUUGCAUGGCCAUUGAUUCUUGACAAUUUUGUUGAGUGGAUUCUCGAAAAACAAGCCUGAAAUCAAUAUGAGUCCCCUCAAGUCUCAGCUUCAAAUCUUUGAGUAGGAUCGGUGGGCUCUCAAUCAAACAGAUUCAGCACAUUUUUACUUGAGUUUUUCAUCUUUCAAACAUUAAAAAGACACAUUAUAUGAUUCUUGUUACAUGUGAUUAACUUCAAUAGAGGGAACACAUAAUGUUUGAUUUAUUA